CACGGGUUAACAUCAGACAAGACCCGAGCUGCAGUACUGAGCUAUAUUGUUGCACAUGCGUCUAUCCGUGUACAAGCUCUGAAAAGCAGUCUAAACUUCACUUUAGAGCAACUGAAAUACUUUUAUAAGAUGGUUUGCAACUUUAAGGACGUUUAAGCAGAAACAUCUAGGACAAACAAAGAAAAGUUUCUCGGCCGUACCUAUGUUUUAGCGCAGCAGAUAUUUAGGAUAACCAAAGAGUUCCCAUGCCCUGCUCUGUCAGAAGGUCCCUUACAGAUGCACAAGACAGAUAAUAUAUACAGUUAUUCUGCUUCAUUAUGAGUAAUGACAACUUUCAAACACCAGUGACCUAUGGCGCUCAUAGAGGGAAGGGAACAACAUAUAAGGAUGAAGGGGAAGCCCACAGCAAUACUUCUCCUGGAAUGACCAACAGCCAGUCCAUUUGUCCCAGGCUGGACAUUUCAACAGCACCCCAGCUGACACACUCGUAUGACAUGGAUGCCCACUCCAGCGGGAAUGACUCGGCCGAGAGGGAGAGCGAAGGACACAUGGGACGAGAAACAUCCACCUGCAGCUCUCACAACAGAAAGGGUUCAACCACAGAGACUACGGAAAGCAAGAGCUCAAACGGAAACAGUCCCUCCCCUCCUAGCAGCUCGGUUUCAUACAGUCUUUUGAGUGGCAGCUCGGAGCAGGAUCAGCCGACGUCCCAAGCACCCAGCGGUGACCAGCCAGCCCGGCUGGAGACCCAGAGAGAGCUGCUGAAAGCCCUGCGUGAGCUAAAGAUCCGCGUGCCGGCAGAAUGGCGCAGGAAGAGGCGAUCAAGCACCCUAGCCUCCUUGCAGUACGCACUUAACUGUGUCAAACAAGUCCGGGCUAAUCAAGAAUACUACCAUCAGUGGAGUGUGGAAGAGAGUCAUGGGUGUUGUUUGGACUUGUCGUCGUUUACUAUUGAAGAGUUAGACAACGUUACGUCAGAGUACACCCUUCAAAACACGGACACGUUCUCUGUGGCAGUGUCGUUCCUCUCUGGUAAAGUGGUGUACAUCUCAUCCCAGGCGGCCUCUCUGCUGCGCUGUAAACCCGAGAGACUUCAGGGAGCCGUUUUUUCAGAGCUGCUCGCACCUCAGGACGUCAGCACAUUUUACAGCAGCUCCGCUCCCUGUCGUCUGCCGCCGUGGUCCUCCUGCGCAGGCACUACCUCACAGGCGGACUGUACCGAGGAAAAGUCGAUGUUUUGUCGGAUCAGCAGAGGUAGGGACAGCGAUGGAGAAGUGAAGUAUUACCCCUUCCGUCUCACGCCAUAUCAGCUGACCCUGAGGGACUCCGAUACAUCCCAACCUGAGCCCUGCUGCCUCCUCAUCGCUGAGAGAGUUCACUCCGGCUACGAGGCACCUCGUAUCCCAGCAGACAAGAGAAUUUUUACCACCAGUCACACCCCAAACUGUCUGUUCCAAGAGAUUGAUGAAAGGGCAGUGCCAUUAUUAGGUUACUUGCCUCAGGACUUGGUUGGGAAGCCGGUGCUUAUUUACCUGCAUCCAGAAGAUAGACUCCUUAUGGUGGCCAUCCACAAAAAAAUUCUCCAGUUUGCAGGGCAGCCGUUUGACCACUCGCCCCUGCGCAUGCGUGCACGAAGUGGGGAGUACUUGACCCUCGACACCAGCUGGUCAUCCUAUAUCAACCCCUGGAGCAGGAAGGUGGCUUUCAUAGUGGGACGCCACAAAGUUCGAACGAGUCCACUGAAUGAGGACGUGUUCACUGCCCUGGAGGACGGGGAGGUGAGAACCAUGUCCCCAGAUGUACCACAGCUCAAUGAGCUGAUCCAUAGGGUCCUGGUGCAGCCCGUUCAUGCCGGCAGCUCACAGGGGUACGGCAGCCUGGGCAGCAGUGGCUCGCACGAGCAUCAGCAAAGCGCCACUUCCUCUGAGAGUAACGGACAUGCUUCCGAGGACCAGAUCAAGCCCAGGAAACCAAUGACGUUUGAGCAGAUUUGUCAAGACAUGCACAUGGUAAAGGCCAAUGGACAGCAGGUCUUCAUUGACUCCCGAAACCGGCCACCAGCUCUCAAACAGAGUAGCUUAGAAGCACUGGCAAAUGCAGCAGAUACAGCAGAGGCCUCUGCUAGAGAAGGUCUGGCAAGUUUAGCGCUGUCCAGUCCACCCAGGAAGGAGCUGCCCUACUCAUACCAGCAGAUCAACUGUUUGGACAACAUCAUAAGAUAUCUGGAGAGCUUUAAUGUCCCUGGCACAGUGAAGAGGAAGUGUGGUUCAUCUUCCUGUACCACGUCUUCUACCUCUGAUGAUGAUAAACAAAGGGAAGGAGCUGGAGCAGCUGAAGACAUAGCAGAGACUCUUGUGGUGACCGAGGGUUCGAAGGUUGUCCCUGCAGCACCAGCACACCCCCUAACCCCUCUGGCUCUGCACUGCAAGGCUGAAAGUGUUGUCUCGGCCACUUCCCUGUGUAGUUUUAGCAGCACCAUUGUUCACGUUGGUGACAAGAAGCCGCCUGAAUCAGACAUUGUUAUGAUGGAGGAGCCGCCAACCUCUGUCACCUCUCCCAUGCCCAUGAACCCCCAGCAGGCCGUGUCCCCCACUGCUGCUGUUCCUGAGAAAGAAAAGGAGAAGGAGAGAAGAGGUGGAGGUAAUACAGGGAAGGGCCUCACAAAGGUGGUGUUAUCUGCCCAUACCCAGCAAGAAGAGCAAGCUUUCCUCGGUUGUUUCGGAGACAUCAGCCAUCUGCAUAUGGUCCAACCCAGCGGGCCUCCACAGUGCAGACACACGUCUACACCUGGGGCAAAAGGAGUGAACAGCUCCCAGAACUAUCCUUCUGUGGGCAACAGCAGAAGUUGUCGGCAUGGUAGAGGAGGGAAAAGACUGAAACACCAAGUAGAUGGCAACACACCAGACAGUCCCUCCCCCUCGGGGUCUAGCCCCUAUAGAGGAUCCAAUCCUGUAGCAAUAAGACCCAUCCUCCCCUCAGUCCAGCAAUCUUCCACUUCUUGGCCACCAUUUGUGGCAGCCCAGACUAGCGGUACUCCCAUGAUGACCUCCUUUCCCCCAGGCUACAUGCCUAUGUUCCCCAUUUCAUCACCUUUCUCAAUUCCCCAAAUGGGAACAGAUCCUUCCUUGCAAGAGGGAGUCCCUAGAUUCCCCAUGCAAGGCUUUCCUCCAGUGAUGCCACCAGUCAUGACCUUCAUGUUGCCCAACUAUAUGUUUCCACAACUCUGUAAUACAGGACCACAGUUGAACCCAGCCAACUCGCAGCUUGUUGGGCAACUGCCUGCCCAAAUGAACCCCUUGGGCCAGUUCCCUUCCUCUAUUGUUGGUUUACCGUCAUUCAAUCCUGCAAUGGGACAGUUCAAUCCAUUAGGCUCCCAAAUGAAUCCUGCCAUGCCUACAAUGAUUCCCCAGCAAUUCUACAACCCAAAUCCCCUGUUCACUUUCCCCAACUCUCCAUCAGUGCCAGCAGUAAAUACCAAUACUGCGCCACAUGGGCAGUCUCGCUCCAGCACACCCCAGUCCACUGGGCAACAGGCUGGCGAGAGGGAAGGGUCUGGAUCUCCUCUGUUUCAAUCCCGAUGCUCCUCCCCACUCAAUCUUUUACAACUUGAGGAAUUGCAAAGCAACAGAACGGACACUAUGCAACAGACUCCACCCCCAGGAGGAACACAAGGGGGCGGGACUGUGGUGCAAAAUUCCAGCAAUGGCAGCAACACCAAAGAUGGCAAACUCAAUGACAGUUCUGAAGUCAAUGAGUCCAACCAGGAUGCCAUGUCGACCUCCAGUGACAUGCUGGACCUACUGCUGCAAGAGGAUUCCCGCUCGGGCACCGGCUCCGCUGCCUCAGGCUCCGGGUCAUCAGGGUCAGGGUCAUUUGGAUCUGGAUCGAAUGGGUGUAGCACAUCUGGAAGUGGCACUAGGAGCAGUAAUACUAGCAAGUACUUUGGAAGCAUUGACUCAUCAGAGAAUGAUCACAAUCAUAAACCAGCAUCUAAAGAUAUUGGAGGGGAACAGUUCAUAAAGUUUGUCCUACAGGACCCCAUCUGGCUCCUCAUGGCGAACACGGAUGACAAAGUCAUGAUGACAUACCAGAUUCCCGUCAAAGACAGAGAAUCAGUACUGAAAGAAGAUAGAGAUGCCCUAAAAGCUGUUCAGAAGCAUCAGCCUCAUUUUACUGAGGAGCAGAAGAAAGAGUUAACUCAGGUCCACCCUUGGUUUCAAACCGGCUGCCUACCAAAGGCCAUCAAUGUUACAUCUUGCACAGGAUGUGAAUCCCCCCCCGAUUCCUCGUUUCUUACUCCAUUCGAUUUGGACUUUCAUGAGAUGGCUCUCGGCAUGGUUUUGAGAGAAGAGGCCAAACAACAAGAUAAACUUAUCACAGCUGAAACAGCCUUUCCCUUGAGCCCACCUUCAUCUGAUAAUGAACCGAGAGACCAUCAGACCAGCUCAAGCACUUAGCAGUGGGCCAUGGAGGAGGUGGAAGUGACAUCAUCAGCGAAGGUGAAGCGGGACUGCAGACUGCUGGACAGUGAUUGGUUGUGUUCCUGCCUCAUAGACUUUUGGGACCAAGUUCAAUUUGGACCAAGUUGAAAGGGUAGAAGUUUUAUAAUCAGAGUGUAUGGCUCAUUUUUACAUAAUUCUUUAAAACUACGAAUAAUUUGUAGCUUUAUAAGCAGGCCUCUGAAUAAUAAAAGGAAGAAGGGAACAAAAAACUUUCGUAGCUUAUAGGAGCACAUUUUGAAUGUCAACCUAUUGCACAUGGUGGAUGUUGUUGUUGUUGUUGCACUAUGUUCUGCUUUCAGGUUAUUCAUGAGUUUGCAUGGUAUUAUCUAUCCUAUGACAUGCACUGUUUCAUAAUUAUUCAUGACACCGUGUGACCUUUUCCUAUUACAGCUUUAUAGAACGGGACGAGGAAUUUAUGUUUUAAUUUCACACAAGUUUGAAGUUAGAUGUGGUCUGACACUCUGCCUUUUUUAUUUACUUACACUGUUGCAGUAUGGGUUUCCAGUCUGUGUCAGUUCUCGAACCUUUCCACAAGGUUCCCGGAAAUUGUGGAUGGGAAAAAUAGGUUCCAGUCUGACCCUAAAAGCUUGCUGGUCUGUAACCAGGAACCCUGCAUUAGGGAAAUGUUGACGUCUUUGACAGUCUCAUUGAGCAAUGUAAUAACGUUGGUUUUCAGUUGGUUAAUUUGCAUUUUAUUUCUCCUGGCCGAGAACUGGGUCUGCCACCAGAACGCAAAGUAUUUUGGUGGAAAAGAAGCAUGAUAGGCCAGAAAUAUUUUCUAGACAAAUUGCCAAAACAUUGCAAGUCGUUGUCCAGCUUGUACAUAUUUGUACUUUUUUUUGUUUUUUUUUUUGCAUUACAGUGAAAGUAACUAACCUCAGUAUUCAAGGAGGCGAGUUGCCUUCAAAUGUUUGUUUUAUGUUGUGGUUUUGAAUUGCUGCCUUAGACAUUCAAAAUGCAAUGACGCUCAAAAUUACGAUUGUGUGCUAAAAGUAUUUGCGUUCUUCUUGCACUUAUGUUGUUUCGGUCCAUCAUGUCAGCAUCACAAACCCCAUUCUUUUCUAGUAGCCUUAAAAGAUGUAUUUAUUUGUCCAUAUCAGAAUAACAGGAUAUGGUUUAAAAAAGAAAAUGUAAAAUAUGUAUUUUGAUGUGUGCCGUUUUGAAUAACUGCACACAUUUUAAGAAGCUUUUGAAGUCCAUAAAAUGGAAAUAAUUGUCUGGCAGAGAAUUUUGCUCUGUUGUGACAGUUCAUUUGCCCUUAUUUUUAAGAGCGAUACAAUUAUAUUUUAAAGCUUCUCAGAUGAGCUAGUGUCUUGUUUAGUUCCACAACAAAUGCAGGACUGCAUUAUUUAUAAACCUAAUUUAUGGUUUAAAAAACAAGACAACUACUUCCCUUUAUUCCCCGUUGCCCUCAGAUUUAUUUGCGAGGGUUUUUCAAAGCUUUU